GGCGGCGGCGCAGGGGAGGGGGAGCCCUAUAAUGGCGGCCGGGUGGAGGCAGCGCGGUAGCGGCCCUGAGUACCUAAAACAGUGGAAAUAAUUGAAAGCUUCCUACUAAUAACAGGCUGUUUUGAUGUGGUCCUUAUUGCCUGGUUUACUGACAUAAAGAGAAUUACAUUUGUCACUGGCAGUCUUACAAACUAUUUUAGUUCUGCUAUGCUAGCUGUGACUUUUUUUUUAAUUAUUUUUGUGUUUUGUUCUGUUUGACCAGUGAUAAUUGGCUAGCCAAGCUUUUUUUCUGUCUAUAGUCAGUGUCCCAUUUUGGUUGUUUGUGUAAAGGUGGUGCUGGUGUGUUUUGGUUUGUAAUCUUGCAGGGAAGUGUGCAGGGAGGGUCAUAAAUCUGUAGCAGUGUUUGGUGGCUUGUGUUUUGUGUGUGUGUGUCUUUUGUUUUACUUAUAGAGCAAUAUCUUAAAUUUUGUCCUUUCCCUGUUGAGCAAAAGUGAAAGUUAGAUGCUGGGUACAAGCUUCUGCAAUCAGUUACCCUUUUUAACUUUUUGUAACUGUAGGCUCCUCAUUCAGAGGAGACUAGGUGAAAAAUCAUAGUAAUAUUAAAAAAAUAAAUCGGAAGCGAUCUGAAGCAUCCUCUUGUCUUACUAAAAGAAUUUAAUGACUAAGCUAUAACAGAAACAUUUACUUAAGCAGUCACCUCCAUAAAAGGCAGUGUUAAUUAAAUCUGUUACUGCCCAACCGCAGGCUUCAACUAGAACCUCUCCUCUGCUAUCCCAGGCGUGGAUGGAGGGCAUGAUACCGUACUAUUAUUCCCACAGAUGUUCACGGAAGACACUGAGAGAAAGGAGCAGGAGCAUACACAACAGUCCUGUCUCAGCACAAUACAAGUCUAGGUUUGAAUUGUUGCCACCUUGAAAACUGGGCUGUAUUUGAAAUCUUAAUAGUCCCACCAAAAUGAUGUAAUUUCACUUUUAACUAGUCCGUGGCAACAGGUACAGGUUUACAGGAUAGCUUCUAGAAUGUUCUAGCACUCGAAUGCAGCGUUGCUUUCAGGGUAACGCUCGGAGGCACUGGCCUGUUAAUUGCAGGAUUUUGAUAGGCCCAAUAUUGCUGCACCAAGCCCUAUGGGGGAAAAUACAGCCCAGUUCUUGUUCAUAAGUUUUAGUUCUGUGGGUUUUUCCCCCUUCCCCAGAACCCUUGAUCUUGAAGAUGGUGAGUAGCCAGCCUAAGUACGAUCUAAUACGGGAGGUUGGUCGUGGCAGUUAUGGUGUGGUGUACGAAGCAGUCGUCAGGAAGACCUCUGCACGGGUCGCGGUGAAAAAGAUUCGGUGCCAUGCUCCAGAGAACGUGGAACUAGCUCUGCGUGAGUUCUGGGCACUUAGCAGUAUCAAGAGCCAGCAUCCCAACGUCAUUCACCUGGAGGAGUGCAUCUUGCAGAAAGAUGGUAUGGUGCAGAAGAUGUCCCAUGGCUCCAGUUCCUCCCUUUAUUUACAGCUUGUAGAGACCUCAUUAAAGGGAGAAAUAGUCUUUGACCCCAGAAGUGCUUAUUACCUCUGGUUUGUAAUGGAUUUCUGUGAUGGAGGAGACAUGAAUGAGUAUCUGUUGUCCCGAAAGCCGAACCGCAAGACCAACACCAGUUUCAUGCUUCAGCUCAGCAGUGCGCUGGCAUUCCUGCACAAAAAUCAGAUUAUUCAUCGUGAUCUCAAACCUGACAAUAUUCUGAUAUCUCAGAGCAGGAUGGAUGCUAGUGACUUGGAACCUACCCUGAAAGUAGCUGAUUUUGGGCUGAGUAAAGUAUGUUCAGCCUCAGGACAGAAUCCUGAGGAACCAGUCAAUGUAAAUAAGUGUUUUCUAUCAACUGCGUGUGGGACUGACUUCUAUAUGGCCCCUGAAGUCUGGGAAGGACACUACACUGCCAAAGCAGACAUCUUUGCGUUGGGAAUUAUAAUCUGGGCAAUGUUGGAAAGAAUCACAUUCAUAGAUACGGAAACAAAGAAAGAACUUCUGGGGAGUUAUGUCAAGCAGGGGACAGCGAUCGUCCCUGUUGGAGAGGCGCUUCUAGAAAACCCUAAAAUGGAACUGCUCAUCCCCGUAAAGAAAAAAUCCAUGAAUGCUCGAAUGAAACAGCUGAUCAAAGAAAUGCUGGCUGCCAACCCGCAGGACCGACCCGAUGCUUUUGAGCUAGAACUGCGAUUAGUCAACAUAGCUUUUAAAGACAGCAGCUGGGACACGUGACCUGCCUGACAUCUCUUGAUAAGAGCUGCUUCUCACCUAACUGAUGGUGCAACUUAAUGGCAGUAAAAGAAACGAGCCUGAACUCAAACCUGCAGGGUGUAGUUUCUACCAAACGAAUCUCUUUUUGAGUUUCGUAAAUGAUACGAAUGUGAGUUGGCCGUUGUGUUAACAAUGCGUUGAUGUGUAUAAUACCAGGAUGUUACAUGCAAGUGUAAGAUGUGACGAUGUUUGUUUGUGUAUGCUGGCGGUGGGAUGUCUUAAGAGCUGAGACUUGAUUUCCAGCACUAUGUCAUGGAGUAUUUCGUACAUUCCAGUUUCCUAUGUCAGUAUUAGGAACUCUUAUGGAAAAAAGAGAUUUGCAUGCUGGUAGUGCAAAUCUUCAGGCUUUGUAAAGUAAUUCUGUGUAUAUAUUUAUGUAUACGAGUGACUGGGAGUGUAUGCCACUUCUCUUAAAUUAUUUGCUAUGGGUCUGAAUGAUUGCGGUCUGCUAGAAAACUAGGUGAAGAAGAUAGAUGAGAAGCAUUCCUUCUUCUCCAGGCCUGAAUAACUUUAUUAUUUAUUUUUGUUAUCUAAUGUCAAAGGUAGGGUCUGAGACUUGACUUUGUAGACAAAAAAUGCAAUGCAAGGGGAUCAGCAGUUUUUUAAAGUGCUGACAUGGCCAAGCUUAGCACUUACAGCUUAAUGAGCUUGUCACUGAGGGAGUCAAAAAUGGAUGCAGUCAGGUGCUAGCGUGUUGGCUAGUUCAUUAAUCAUUCGAUUUUGCUUUCUUCUAAUAAUCAAAUACUUUUAAUCAGUUAAUCUACAGUUUCACAGCGUGCUCUCUACUCUUCUAUCUAUAAUCCAAUAGCACCUUCAGGAUUUAUAAUAGCAGAGUACUGUGGGCUUAGUUUAUGGAAACGUGGGUGAGGGAAUCCAGCAGCAUAGAGUGUUAUUUUUAAGAUUCUUCAAAAUAUGGUGGCAGCACAGUUUUCCUGUUAACUGAAUCCGACUAGUAAUACUGGUCACGGCCUCUUCCUUUCUGGCACUGCUUCUAGUCUGGUAGUGAUGAGGAGAUAAAGGGGUGACUAUUUGUCUUGUAGAACACACCUGUUCUCAAAUAUGGGAGAAAACUCAGUAACCAGUAUGUGAAAGGUAUCUGAUUUGUGUGGCAACCUUGGCCGAUUUUUUUUUUUAUUUGUUUUCCUCCAUUUAAAGAAGGAAAUAUUUAUUUAAAAGCACGGAUGAUAGGAUGGAAGGCUUUGAAGUAGUUGAAAGGCUGCUUAUCCCCAGCUCUUACUCCCCAGAAGCAGACUGAUAUGCUAAGAGAGGUUUCACUGCAGCCACCUGACACUGUACGGCAGACAGAAGCUGCUUUGUAAUAGUAUAGCACUUAGGUCAUGGUCCUGUACCCACAAGAACAUUCUCAUCAAUUUGACCUUUUGGAAAAAGUAGAGUCUUAAAAAAUUGCCUUUAAAGCUGCAACAAAGGCCAGCUUUCUUAAAAUCAAUUUAAUGGUUUGGUUUUUUUUUUUCCUCCCCCCCCCAAAACUUACCUGAAAACUGCCGUAAGUAUUUCCUUGUAUAAUUUUCUUCUCGGAUACUCUUCCCUCUCAGUGCUGAGAGCAGUUCUGAUCAGUCAGGGUUUAUUCUGCCUGAGUAUGAAUAAACAGCACAAACAAAAUAUAAUUUUUUUAUUCUUCCAAAAGCAAAGGAUUCUGAUUCUACCAGACUUCUGAGGCUUUACAGACUACAGGUGGUUCUUACCUGGUGCUGUGUAGAGCAGGUGCCAGAUACCCAUGGGGCCUUAGUCCUUAAUUCUUGUUAUUUUGCUUCACUUUAUCGUUUAAGGCAAGUUGUCUAAACAGUGAUUCUUGGACAAAUACACCUUGCUGUCUCUAAACAAUGUAGAUUGCUUAGAAGAUGCUAGAGAAGUAACUUUUAGAAGACAGUGUUCCUGACUACAGCAGAGUGCCUCACUUCAGCAUCAGUUGGCAGGGACAGAGGCAGCUGCGUCGUACCGAGGAUACAGCCUGUUGCCUAUGUGGAUGUCCCAGUGUUGCUCCUUCCCUGCAGGGAGCUUAGUCUAUAAAAGACGACUUGGAGCCUAUCUGUGAGCAACGAUAAGGAGAGAUCUAUUUAUUCUUGUGUUCUAGAAGGGGGAGAUCUGUUUGUUCUCACGUUUUAACUGAGUUCAGUACAACUGAAGCCUCAGCUUGUUACUGAAAGGAGGAAAACAAACCUCUCGCUGUCUGUGCCAACACUGUUUCACAGUACUUACAUUUCAGCGUGGUCAUUCGAUGAGUAAAGUUUUAAGAGGGUAUAUCACUUUUCCUCGUUAAACUUGAUCUUUUUAAAAAUACCUUGCCAACUUCCUUCUCUCUUGCCCACCAAAGUCAGAAUCAACUGUGUUAUCUUGAAGUAUGAAUCCUACUACAGAAUAAUACUACUUACCUCUAAGGCACUUUGCAAAUCAUCUGAUUCUCCUCUGAGGUAUUUCAAAGGAUGCACACCAAAUGUGCUGCCUGCCUGCAGUGCAGAAACGAGUGAAUGGCACAGGAAGGUUUUGGGGUUUUUGACUCCCAAAGUGUUUCUUUGCACUGAUUGCCACUUUAAAGGGUGGGGGUACCUGAAAUCCCUCUCAUGGUGCUUAGCCUUGCUGUUGGGUGACACUGAGUGUUUCCUUGGUUAACACUGAAUGGUAGUCCUCGAGGUCUGUGUUCUGUUUGAUUUCUGUUGUCUGAGGUCUUUGUUUUAAAACCUUUGAUAAAUCAAAUUGUUGUAGCAGCUAUGGAGUUACUCACCAGCGUGACACAAAGUCAAGAUACUUUUCAGCACUCAGAAAAGAUUUUUUUCCAAAUCUUUCUUUAAAAACUGUAAAAUAUAUUUUAUGGAGAAUUUAUAAUGAGGAAAUUUAUUGUGUAAUUUAUUAAGUUCAUGACUGUUUUUGAAAUAAAAUCUGAAUUUCAAUGAA